UGCCUGCACUAAUCCGGCUCCGUUACACCCGGGAUAGAAGAGGCUGCUCCCUCCGGGCGCUGUCACAGUGCAGAUGCUGCCCUCCUGACUGCCCUCUGCACCGGGACCCAGGAGCCUCGCCAGACCGGGAGCACCGCAGGGCAGCUGCCUUCUGCCCGGAGAGUCCCCAUGGAGCAGGGCGGUGGGGUGGGCAGCAUGCCCGGUGCUGGGGGGGCUGGUGGCAUGGCCCCUCCUGAAGCAGAGGGCAACGCAGCCCCAGCGGCCCCUCAGGCUGCCCAGCCCCAAGGGGGGAUGGUGCCGGCUGCCGCCGAGGCACAGGACGGAGGGCAGGCAGAGCCUGGGAAGGAGAAGGCUGCGGGAGAGGCCGGAGGAGGGAAGGCAGAGCCGGUGGGGCAGACGGCCCCGACUGUUCCAGAGCCCCAGGCUGGAGAGAAGGCAACGCCGGCAGAGGAGGCAGCUUCAGCUGCGCAGCACGAUGGAGGGCAGGCAGCAGCCGUUGAGGAGAAGGUGCCGGCUGCUGCCAAGGCCCAGGAUGGAGGCAAGGAUGGGAAGGAAAAAGCUCCAGCUGUAGGAGAGCUCAAAGGAGGGAAGCCCCCUGUGGAAGGGAAGGCUCCAGCUGUAGCAGAGGCUCAGGACGGAGGGAAGAACAAGCCCAGGAAGGAGCAAGCCCCUGGCGGGUUAGAGGCUGGGGUUGGUGGGAAAGCAGAGCCCACGGAGAAGGCGGCUCUGGCUGCAGCAGAGGCUGAAGGAGGGAAGGCAAAACCCGCAAAGGAGAUGGCCUUGGCUGCAGCAGCACAGGCUCGGGAUGGAGACAAAGAACCUGCAAAGGCUAAAACCAUGGAUGCCGCAAAGGAAAAGCUCCCAGUGGCUCCAAAGGCUCAGGAUGGAGGGAAGAAAGCUGCAAAGGCAGAGAAAACCCCAGCUGAUAAAAAGCCUGCAAAGGAGAAGACUCCGGCUACUGUAAAAGCUCAGGUUGGAGAAGAUAAAGUGGCAAAGGCAGAAAAAGCCCCAGCUGCAAAAAAAGCUCAAGAUGGAGGCAAAGAGGAGCCUGCAAAGGAGAAAGCGGCGGAGCCUGCAAAGGAGAAAGCGGCGGAGCCUGCAAAGGAGAAAGCGGCGGAGCCUGCAAAGGAGAAAGCGGAGAAAGCGGCAGCUCCUGCAAAGGAGAAAGCGGCAGCUCCUGCAAAGGAGAAAGCGGCAGCUCCUGCAAAGGAGAAAGCGGCAGCUCCUGCAAAGGAGAAAGCGGCAGCUCCUGCAAAGGAGAAAGCGGCAGCUCCUGCAAAGGAGAAGGCCUCAGAUGCUGCCAAGUCUCAGGAUGGAGAGAAGGCAGCAGCAAAGGCAGAGAAAACCUCAGCUGCAAAAAAGGCUCAGGAUGAAAGCAAAGAAAAGCCUGUGAAGGAGAAGGCCCUGGCUGCUGUAAAGGCUCAGGAUGGAGGGAAGGCAGCAGCAAAGGCAGAGAAAACCCCAGCUGCAAAAAAGGCUCAGGAUGAAAGCAAAGAAAAGCCUGUGAAGGAGAAGGCCCCGGCUGCUGUAAAGGCUCAGGAUGGAGGGAAGGCAGCAGCAAAGGCAGAGAAAACCCCAGCUGCAAAAAAGGCUCAGGAUGAAAGCAAAGAAAAGCCUGUGAAGGAGAAGGCCCCGGCUGCUGCAAAGGAGAAGGCUCCGGCUGCUGUAAAGGCUCAGGAUGGAGGGAAGGAAGCCGCAAAGGUGGAAUCCCCCCCAGCUGCAUCAGAGGCUGGGGAUGGAGGCAAGGAGCCCACAGAGGCAGCGGCCGUGGCUGCUGCGAAGGCUCAGGGUGAAGGGGAGAAAGUGGCAAAGGUGAUGGACGAGCAGCAGCAGCCGAGGGGCCCUGAGGCCCCGCGCCCAGUGCUGCUGCAGAGCCUGAGCUGCCCAGCCGCCUGCCAAAGGGAGGAGCAGCCCCGCGCGGGGAUGGCAGCGAUGGAGAUGAUACCAGAGGAGACCAUAGCCGCGGAGCCGAGAGAGGGUCCGACGGAGCCUGGCCCUGCCCCGUCAGCCCCAGGGGACCAGCAGCCCCUGGAGCCCCCUGGCCCUGCAGGGAGCCCUGGCACCCCCCAGGAGAGGACAUUGCCCGGUGCCACAGGGCAGCCCCCGGAUCCCACCGGGGCCAUGAAACAGCCUGGCCUUGGGGGGCAACUGUCCUCGACAGAAGCAGAGCCACCCCCCAGCCCCUACCUCACCCCCGAUUUUGGGAAGGAAGACCCUUUCGAGAUACUGGAUGACAUCCCUCCGCCGCCGGCGCCCUUCGCGCACCGUAUCGUCACCCUGCGGUCCGGCAACAUCAGCUCCCAGUUCAACCUCAGCUCCAAGGACAUCCUGGGAGGGGGCAAGUUUGGCGAAGUCCGCACGUGCACGGAGAAGCAGACAGGGCUCAAGCUGGCGGCCAAAGUGAUCCGGAAGCAGGGUGCCAAGGACAAGGAGAUGGUGCUGCUGGAGAUCGACGUGAUGAACCAGCUGAACCACCGCAACCUCAUCCAGCUCUAUGAUGCCAUCGAGACACCCCGGGAGAUCAUCCUCUUCAUGGAGUUCGUGGAGGGCGGCGAGCUCUUUGAGCGGAUCGUCGACGAUGACUACCACCUGACGGAGGUGGACUGCAUGGUGUUCGUCCGGCAGAUCUGUGAGGGCAUCCGCUUCAUGCACCACAUGCGCGUCCUCCACCUCGACCUCAAGCCCGAGAACAUCCUCUGUGUUGCUGCCACCGGGCAUAUGGUGAAGAUCAUCGACUUUGGGCUGGCUCGAAGAUACAACCCCCAGGAGAAGCUGAAGGUGAACUUCGGCACCCCCGAAUUCCUGUCCCCCGAGGUGGUCAACUACGAGCAGGUCUCCUACUCCACAGACAUGUGGAGCAUGGGCGUCAUCACCUACAUGCUGCUCAGCGGCCUCUCCCCCUUCUUGGGUGACAACGACACCGAGACACUCAACAACGUCCUGGCUGCCAACUGGUACUUCGAUGAGGAGACAUUCGAGAGCGUCUCCGAUGAGGCCAAGGACUUCGUCUCAAACCUCAUCAUCAAGGAGAAGAGCGGCCGGAUGAGUGCCGGCCAGUGCCUGCAGCAUCCCUGGCUCAACAACCUGGCAGAAAAGGCCAAGCGCUGCAACCGCCGGCUCAAGUCCCAGGUGCUGCUCAAGAAAUACGUCAUGCGGCGGCGCUGGAAGAAAAACUUCAUCGGGGUGUGUGCAGCCAACCGCUUCAAGAAGAUCACCAGCUCGGGGUCGCUGACAGCACUGGGCGUCUGAGCAGGGGCUCCCAGUAGGAGCCCGAGCCUCGUGUGAGCCCAGGCCGGAGAGGAACUGCUUGAGAGAGUCCCACAUCAGUCUUGCUUCUGGACGGCAGCAGGACCUCGCUGGGCUCCUCGCUUCGCACUGCGGGGGCCAGAGGCUGGAGCCACGCAGCCCCCUCCCUGCCCGUGCUGCUGCCAGAUGGCUGCUCUGGACCCCGCUGCGGCACGCCGCUGCACCCCCGCUCCGUGCCCCCCGCCACUGCGGGUGCUGCUCUGCUGCGUCCCUUGGGGCUGCGCCCUGCCUUGGCACCCAGCGGCUGCAGGACUGCUCGGGGGGGCCGGGACCCCACUGGGCUCUGCGCCCGUGCCCGCCGCUUCGGAGCCGCUCUGCCGAGCUUAUCUCACCCUGUGCCGCAUUUCUGCGCCGGGGACCUGCUGCUGGGGAUGCCGGCAGCACCCUCCUGGGCUCCUGGGGCUCCAGCCCUCCCCAUUCCCAUUGAGCCAAUGUUCCCAUGUGGAUUUCCUCAGACUGCGAGGCCGCUCUUGAGUGCUGGUUUCCAAUCUCAUCCCUGGCCCAGCUGUGCGAUGCCUGACCUGCAGCAUCUCUGCUCCGCUCCUCCUUCCUUCUCAUGGCCCUGGAGGAGAAAUUCCGGCCCAGUGCGAGCACCGCUGCCUGGGCCGCCCUGCGCGCUUGCCGCUACCUUGGACCCGAGACUUGCGUGCUCUGCCUGUAAAUGCUGCAACCCUGCCCUGCCUUCGCUGUCGCUGGACCCUGAGCUGCCCGACCUCCCUUCCCAGCACUGUGGCUUGGCGCGGGGAUGCCGGAGGGCAGGCGUGGACCCUCACCCUGGCGCUUUGGCACCGGAGCCGGGGCCGAAGCGCCUCCUCCCUGGCCGGCUGGGCGUGCGGGAGCGGAGCUGGCCCCGAGCUGCUGCUCGCACAGGAAGGGAGGAAGCGGCGAGCACGCUUCCAGCAGUGUCCCCAGCUGGGAGCCAGCGAGGGAAGAAGGAGGCUUUGUGUUCCUCCUGCCCUCCCUGCCCUUCAGCUCUGCCAGCGGGGGAAAAACACAACCUCUGCUUCACCCGUCCCCGCCAGAUCAAGAUGAGCGAGGCGUCCUAAUGCAGAGCAGCUGGACCAUGCUCCCCCGCUCCUGUGAGCAUCGCUCCAGCCCUGACCACCAACACACAGGAACUGCUGGUCGGCGGCUGCGGCCGCCAGCUCCCCCCGCCACACACGGGAGCUCCCCGGGACCGGCCGGACCGUGGGAGGCGGGUGCUGCCCCCGCUCCUCCGCCUCGCCCCGACCCCCUUCCCCUCUGCCUGCGUCCCUCGGGGGUCCCCGAUGCUGCCGGAGGAUGGGCAGCCCCUGGGCUUUGCAGCUUCCAGCCUUGCCCGCUGCAGGAGGGGAUGGGGGGCUGGUGGGGGGUCCUGGGCUCCCCCUGCCCUCCAGCUUUGGCUUUUGCUGUGGCUGAGCCCCCCCCCCCCCCCGAGCCAGGGCUGUGUGCUUGCUCUGGGGCCGUCUGUGCCCUCUGCGCCUGCUGGAAAAACCCUGGGGAGAGAUGGGGGGAGGCACCGGCCCCCCAGCCCCACCGGCUGCAGCAGGUGAAGGGGCUUCAGCUUUGUCCCCACCAGGCAGGGGCCGUGGCUCGCAGCGCCCAGCCUAAUGCCCGAGUCCUGCCCGGCUCUCGCCUUCUUGUAAAUAAAUGUACAGGUCUGCCCGCA